AUGGCUGCCAAGUCCCAGUGGAAGAGAAUCCUCGUUUGCGUGGUUCCUCUCUUCGCAACCCUUUGCAUUUCAUUCUCCAACUCGCUCUAUAUCCCCGCUGUCCCGUACAUCAUGGCAGAGUUCCAUGUCUCGUCCUACACUGCGUUGCUGCCCGUCACGGUCUUCAAUGCCGGCCUGGCAAUAGGCCCUAUAACCGCUGGCGCCCUGUGCGAGUCGUACGGCCGAAGACCUGUGUAUAUCCUCUGUAUGACCGGGUCAGUUGUGUUCACAGCGAUGAUUGCUUCGGCGUCAAACUUUCCCACCCUUCUCAUCGGCCGCUUCCUGGCGAGCGUUUGUGCAGCCCCCGUCAUCACAGUUGCUAUAGGGACAGUCACCGAUAUCUGGGGUCCAGAGAGUGAGAUGGAAGACACUGGCCGGAUCCUGGCAUCCAUCUUGAUGGCCACCACCGUCUGGGGCACUGAGAUCGGCUCUCCAAUUGCUGUUCUCAUCCUGACAUUCCUCCCCAACUGGCGCUGGAUCUUCCGCAUCCUCGUCAUCUUGUUGAGCGUUGCAAGCUCUGUCUGCUUGUGUUCGGAGACUUCAAUCAUGCCAAUGCCGAGAUCGAGUUCGCGUAGGCCUACAGGCGGCCUGGCAUUCUUUCAACAGGUCCUGCGAAUGCUCCGGGACGAGCCGAUGCUUCUACCCAGCUCACUGGUCUCCUGCCUCGCCCUGUCCGUUGUGUUGUUUUUUUAUAUAGCUUUCCCCCUCAUCUACGCGGAGGAAUACCACUUUUCCCUCCCCCAAGCCUCAGUGGCAUAUCUAUCCAUGUUUUUCGGCAGUCUGUUUGGGUUUUGUCUCCUCCUAUGUCUAGACCGGGGCUACUAUCAGCCAGCGAAGGCCAAAGCAGCCGCCCUCGGUUGUGUUUUAGAGCCUGAAGAGCGCCUCUAUCCAGUCAUCGUCGGGGGAAUUCUUCUUCCUAUCGGUUUAUUGUGUUUUGCGUGGACGACGUAUAGCCGCAUCCACUGGAUGAUCCCGCUGCUUUGUCGGCUCCCGAUUGGAAUCGCCUAUUUUCUCAUCACAGCUGGAUGGCCUCUGUACAGGAACGAGAUCUACAGUGUUGAGCAUGGCAGGGCGGCGGCGGCAGCCGACCACCUCCUCCGAUUUACCACCUCCAGCUGCGUGCCCCUCUUGGCUGCACCUCUCCUAGAUCGGGUGGGCCAGCAUUGGGCUGUUUCCAUUGCGGGGUUUGUAGCGCUUGUACUGGUCCCUGUUCCACUGGUGGUUUACAUAUAUGGGCGUGUUUUGAGAAGAAGAAGCCGAUAUAUCAGCACUUGA